AUGCUGACUGGCGGCGGUCAGGCCUGCAGGUUCGGCUUGGACUCUGGAAGCUUCUCAGCAUCCGAGAGAGCUACAGAGCAGGCCGUAGAGGCGGAGCUAGAGGAAGGAUGGCGGCUGGCCGCUUCCGGUAACUUAGCAACCGGCGCCUUGGCAACGGACAGGGGGCGGGACCAAGGGAGGAAGUCGGAAGCAGGUCACCAAGUCUCGCGAAGGUCGGAUCUACGCGCACGGAAGCUAAGUACUGGGGAGACGAAGUCUCGCGAGAUCCGGGUUUGCGCGCGGACUCCGAGUGCCGCGGGGGUCGGUUCGCGGCCGGUGCUAGUGGCGGUGUUCCCGGCCCUCCUUGGUCUUCGCGCUAUGGAGCAGCAGCCGCCCGCAGUGGCCAAGAUCAGGAACCUGCCCUGGGUUGAGAAAUACAGGCCACAGACACUGAAUGAUCUCAUUUCUCAUCAGGACAUUUUGAGUACCAUUCAGAAGUUUAUCAGUGAGGAUCGCUUGCCACACCUACUUCUUUACGGCCCUCCGGGGACAGGAAAAACAUCCACCAUCCUGGCCUGUGCUAAACAGCUGUACAAAGAUAAAGAAUUCAACUCCAUGGUCUUGGAGCUGAAUGCUUCAGAUGACCGAGGCAUAGACAUCGUGCGGGGCCCAAUCCUGAGCUUUGCCAGCACAAGGACGAUAUUUAAGAAAGGGUUUAAACUUGUGAUCCUGGACGAAGCUGACGCCAUGACUCAGGACGCCCAGAAUGCCUUGCGCCGAGUGAUUGAGAAGUUCACAGAAAAUACCAGAUUUUGUCUCAUCUGCAACUAUCUGUCCAAGAUCAUCCCUGCCCUGCAGUCCCGCUGCACCAGGUUCCGGUUCGGGCCCCUGACGCCGGAACUCAUGGUUCCCCGCCUGGAGCACGUGGUCCAAGAGGAGAAAGUUGACAUAAGUGAAGAUGGAAUGAAAGCACUUGUGACUCUGUCCACUGGAGAUAUGCGCAGGGCUCUGAACAUUCUGCAGAGCACCAACAUGGCCUUUGGGAAGGUGACAGAGGAGACUGUGUAUACCUGCACAGGACACCCGCUGAAGUCAGACAUUGCUAACAUUUUGGACUGGAUGUUGAACCUGGACUUCACCACUGCCUACAGAAAUAUAAUGGAGCUGAAAACACUGAAGGGCUUGGCAUUACACGACAUCCUGACAGAGAUUCACCUGUUUGUGCACAGAGUUGACUUUCCAUCUUCAGUUCGAAUACAUUUACUGACCAAAAUGGCAGACAUUGAGUACAGACUCUCUGUUGGCACCAACGAGAAGAUUCAGCUGAGUUCCCUCAUUGCUGCCUUUCAAGUCACCCGAGACCUGAUUGUCGCAGAGGCGUAGGUGCCCGGGGCCACUGUAACUGCAGGGCGAGGGUACGCCCAGGGAGAGAGACGGAGCUGUGAUGAUGCCCCACGGCUCGGACAACCAUCCGGCCUGCUUGGCAGUUACUGGGACAGUACCGUCUGGCCCUGUAGAGCAGGGAUUCCGCUGUCAUCCCACUGCCCAUCUCCCUUUUAUUGGGAGAAAACUUUUCUGGCCCUAAGGCCUUGACCCUUCAGUUUCUUGAGUAACAGGAAGUUGACCUGCCCCAUUCUGGGGAACAAAAUGUUUUUAAGUAUAGUAUGGUUGGUCUCCCAACCCAGAGUAAGAUCUCCAGAGUUAAGCUUAGGAGUCUUUUUUUUUUCUUUCUUUCUUCCU